CCCAGUAAAGUCACAAUCAACGACAACAUGAAGACUCUCAACCUGAGCAUUCUACUAAGCCUGGCAGUCGCAGUUUACUGUGUGCCAAUAUCAUACUUUACCGAGCAGGAUGAGAGUUUUGCAGAGAACUACCUGAAGAAAUUUUUCAACCUGACAGAGGAAAGUGGGCCAACUUUUAGACGAGGGAUCAGCCCUGUGACCAAGAAGCUCUCUGAGAUGCAGAAGUUCUUUGGUCUCCCGGUCACUGGGACGCUGAACACUGACACCAUUGCCCUGAUGAAGAAGCCCCGCUGUGGCAUUCCAGACAUCAAGGUCUCUCGUUUCUCCACGUUUGGAAGCGACCUCAAGUGGCAGACGAACAGCCUUACCUACAGGAUUGAGAACUACACGCCUGACAUGUCCAGGUCAGAGGUGGACGAAUCCAUCGAGAAAGCGCUGCAGGUCUGGGCCAAAGUCACUCCUCUGAGGUUCACACGCAUCUAUAGUGGCACCGCUGACAUCAUGAUCUCCUUCGGGGCCGGAUCACAUGGAGAUGGUUACCCCUUUGAUGGCCCUGAUGGCACUCUGGCUCAUGCCUUCCCUCCAUCUAAUGGCAUCGGAGGAGAUGCUCAUUUUGAUGAGGAUGAGACCUUCACCUUUCGCUCCAACGAAGGCUACGUCCUCUUCAUGGUGGCAGCCCAUGAAUUCGGUCACUCCCUGGGCUUGUCUCACUCUGAUGACCCUGGUGCUCUCAUGUAUCCCGUGUACACAUACAGAAACCCUGAAACCUUUGUUCUGCCCCGGGACGAUGUCAACGGCAUCCAGUCUCUUUAUGGCCCCGGUGACAAGAACCCUAACCCUGGACCACCAGCCCCCACCACCCCUGAUGCCUGUGAUUCCUCCAUGGUCUUGGAUGCUGUUGCCAGCCUGAGAGGAGAGAUGAUCUUCUUCAAGGACAGCUUCUUCUGGCGCAUCUACCCUCAGAGCUACACGCCUCAGCAGAGUCUCAUCACAAACUUCUGGCCUGACGCACCCACCGACAUUGACGCCGCUUAUGAGAGCCAGCAAUCAGACAGGCUCAUGCUCUUUAAAGAUCGCCAAGUGUGGGCCUACAAUGCCUACACUCUGGAAACUGGAUAUCCAAAGUCCAUCUCCAGUUUCGGUCUGCCUGAAUCUGUGACGAAAAUCAAUGCUGCUUUCUAUGACGUGCACUCCGGCAAGACUUUCUUCUUUGUUGGCAACAAGUACUACAGUUAUGAUGAGGCCCUUGAGACUAUGGAUAAGGGAUUCCCCAAACGUGUUGAUCAGACCUUUUCCGGAUUGAACGGCAUGGUGACGGCGGCUCAACAGUUCAGAGGUUUUACUUACAUCUACAGUGGACCUCACAUGUAUGAAUACAGCCUGAGGAGUGGGAGGUUGUUCCGCGUGCUCAGGAACAGCUACUUCUUGCCCUGCACUAAGUACUAGACCGGCUCAGUUAACAAGCUCAAUGAAGGCACCAAAGUAUCAUUAUUUUUUUAGUGUAUAAUUAUAAUGUUACAGUUACGGGUAUGCUGGCGUUAUGCCUAUCCUGAGAAAGCACCUUAAAAGCACCUUACAUGUUGUUGUUUUUUGUUUUGUUUUGUGUUGAAGUUUUUUGAAUUUUAUUGAUAAUGAAAAUAAUGUUGAAAAUAAUGUAAUUAUUUCUGUUGCUGUUUUUGUUGCUCGUUUAAUUUUGUGUUUGAUGAAGAUUAACUUAAUCCAGUGGCUCUUAAACUCUUCAUUGAGCUCUUGAAGUAACAUUUUAAAUUACAGUAAUUAAAAAUUCUUCGCUCCCCUCCGAUCACAUACCCUAUACAGUAGAACUGUAUUUCUGUAUUUCCUAUAAGAAGCUUGUGUACCACUGGUGGUACAUGCACGGUUUGAAAACCAUAGACUUAAUCUAUAUUUGCCAUUUGUUUACAAAAAUGUAACAAAGUGAGGAGACUGUGGAGUAUUUAUUGUCAAAAUAAAAGCCGUUCAAACCCA